AUGGAGACUGAGCGUUCAAACCUCUUGGCUAUUGUCAAACUUAUUGUACAUGAUCUAGUUCAGAUUACAUUUGAUCAGCAUCAGGUUUCUCUUGAUGAAAACAUUUUCUGGGGUGAAUCUAGGACUGUUCAUUGUGAAGAGGUUCUAAAUAUUGUCUGGCGGUUGCUUUCUGUUAUUGAGCACUGCCUCUGUCAUGGUUUACGUCGAGAUUACACAGUGCCUGACUCUUCUAACGACUCAAAUGAAAGAACUUCAUCGAAAGGAUUAAUGAAGGAUGCGACAACUGUCGUCCGAAGAGCACGUGACCAUGCCGUUUCCGCUGCAAAUCUUUUUAUGAAAAAUCCGUCACAUCCAAAUCCUUGGCCCGUAAUAUUAGAGGCAGAAAAAUUGUCAAAAACCACAGAUUCUAUAAGUAAAACUGUUGCUACAAUGACUGAAAUACGGACUGGACUAGGUCGCUCUCGCGUUUGGUUAAGGCACGCUUUAAUGAGAAAGCAACUAGGAGAGUUUUUUCAAGUCAUAAUAGAUUCCCUCGAUUCUUCAAAUUCAAAUGGGAGUUUGGAGGGUUCUCCAAAAGGCUGUGAAACCGACACAAUUCCUGUAACACAAAAUUUCAGUACAUUUGCUACAUUUUAUCACUCCGGUGCUUUGCUUUUAAAUAACGAAGGAGUUGUUGUAACCGGUUUGUUAGCAACUUUGAAGUCUAUAGACUUUUGCUUCAUACUGAAAGAUAAUCUGUCUUACAUGGAUAAACCGUUACACGUAAUACCGUACCACAUAUAUUUACAGGCUAACAAGAAAAGACUUGAAAAGUUAUAUUCAAAAGUAAAUUUAUGUCGUCCAGUAGAUUUAUCAUCUUCAAUCGACCAGAAGAAUUUUUUAGAAGAUUUAUGCAACGUACUGAAGAAACGAAUCGAUCGAGAAAAUACAGUAAAUCAAAGACUAAACAAUGAAAUUACACACCUUUCUAAGCAAAUGGAAUCCAUGAAACUUGAAAAUCGGAGUUUGUAUAUCACUGUAGCACAACUGAAAAAGGAUCAAGUUGGUUUAAAUAACAUGCAUUCAGAAAAUAUGGAAGCAGUGAGUCGCAUAAAUCAAUUAGAGUCUGAAUUAAAACAUUGCCAAAAAACAAAUGCAGAAAAUGCUGAACUUGUUGAAUCGAUUCGAAGUCAUUUAGAUGAAUCAAAUAAAAGAUGUAAUCAGUUAGCUCGAUAUUUAUCCGAUUCCCAGUCGUCACUUGAACAUAAAGAAACUAUAAUUAAACAAUUAGAAGCUAAGUGUAAAGGAAUGACAAAUAUGAUUGAACAGAUGAACGAGAGAAUAGCUAAGCUUACUCAUGAAAAGGUUUCACAGGAACGAGAUUUAUAUAAACUACGCGAAGAGUUGUCAAACGCAGACACAAAAUCUGUUGAGCAGUUAAAAGUGAUUGAAAAUCAAGCUAGUCAGAUCGAAAGAUUAGAAACUGAAUUGAAUGGGCAAACAAUCGAGUUGAAUAAUGCAAAGUUGGCUUCUGAUCAGCUAGUAUUGUGUAAAUUAGAAGUUGAGGAGUUAGACCAACAACUUAAAGUUUGGCGUAAACGAUGUGAAGAACAAGAGUAUAGUUUAUCCGAAAUGGCUGCAGUUGUGAAUUCGAGUAAGCUUGAAGCUGAAAGUUUACGCGAGUCACAUAGUGCAUUCAGUGAUGCUCAAUGGGCAAAUGAUUCUGAAAAUCCAAACUGUUUUCUUUGUCAGAGUCCGUUCAAUGUUAGUCGUCGUCGGCACCACUGUCGAAAUUGCGGCCUGAUAUUUUGUCACGAAUGUUCAUCCAGAAAAAUGACUUUACCAAGUUCUGCCAAACCUGUACGAGUCUGUGAUACAUGCCAUGGAUUACUUUUACAUCGCUAUAAUGCUAAAUAA